AUGCCACCAUACACGGGAACUCAGAGACAUUACAUAUCACAAUUUGUGGGAUUUACACAGGCUAAAGAUGCCGUUGCUGCCAAAUACUUGCGCGCCAAUGGAUGGAAUGUUGAACAAGCGGUUGAUGCAUACUUUUCGUCCUCGCAAGCAACCGCUGCAUCAUCAUCGACCCCAGCACUAAACAAAAUCUUUGAUGAAUAUCGAGAUGACCCCCAAGAAAGUCCAGACACAAUCGGCAUCGAAGGAGCUAUGAGGUUCCUCGAAGCAAUCGAAAUACGCCUAGACGAAGUUGCAUGUUUAGGAAUAGCAGAACUACUCAAGUCCCCUACUAUGGGCGAGUUUACACGUACAGGAUUUGUUGAUGGCUGGAAGAGCGUUGGAGUCGAAUCAAUCCCCCAAAUGAUAUCCCACGGUGCCUCUCUCCGAACCCGAAUAUCUUCCCAACCCGACACAUUCCGCAAAGUCUACCGCUACGCCUUCCCACUCUGUCGCAUGCAGGGCCAGCGCAAUCUCACAUUCGAAAUCGCCGCUGAGCAAUGGCAACUAUUCUUCACAAGCGAGAACGGCGGUGUCGAUUGGAACACCCCUUCCACCCCUUGGCUGGAUUGGUAUCUUGAGUACCUCAAAUCGAAAGGUCAGCGACCCGUGAAUAAGGAUUUGUGGGAACAGACGGAGGUGUUUAUGCGCAAAACUCUGGAGGACGAAAACUUUGGGUGGUGGGAUGCCGAUGGCGCGUGGCCGGGCACGUUGGAUGAGUUUGUGGAGUUUGUGAAGCAAGAUAAGCGUGGUGGGAAGCCUGCGGAGGCGAUGAAUGUCGAGUGA